CUGUCAAAACCUUUUUUCUUGGACAUUCAUUCAAUCAGUUUUCAAAUCAAAGAUUGGCUUUAUAAUAUGGUGUGGAGUAGCGAAUUUGACAAAGAAGAAGAUUUCCAAUUCGCCGGAAAAUGUGUACAACCCUGGCAACUGGAAGCAGCCCGGGCUAACAACAUGUUAGAACACUUGUGUGCCCUUCAUGUGGGAUCCAGAGCUCCUGCAACGCGUCUUUCUGGAUUAAUAUGCUCAAUCGGUAUAGCGAGCUGCGACGUACCCACAAUCGAAAUCCUCUUGGAAAAUGGGAUGAAUAUAGCCUGCUUGAAUUGUUUGUAUGGACAGAUAGAGUACCAUCAGCAAAUUCUUUCAAAUAUAAGGACUGCGCAGAAAAACUUCAGCAAAAAAAUUAAAAUGAAGUACCCUUUGGCUGUCUCCGCCUUCACUCGGGGACCUGUUAUUCGAGCAACUAUUCCCAUUGGAUGCCGAGUAACGGAAAUCAUCUUGUACCAAGACGACAUCAUCGAACUCUGCGCCGACGAAACCUACGUCAUCAUGUCCAACAACCCCAAAGUCAUCCACAUCAACUACAACAACUUCCACCGCGUCGUCAAAGUGGGCAACAAAGUCAACAUCAACCGCCGCACCAUCCACCUGGUGUGCACCGACAUCGUCGGCGCCGUCGUCGUCUGCAAGGUUCUCAAAGGCGGCACGGUCCUCAGCGGCAGCCGCGUCCACCUGCCCGGCAUCCCCGUCGACAUGCCCGCCCUCAACGACAUCGACAAGCGCGUCCUCACCUUCGCCGUCGAAAGCGGCAUCGACAUCAUCUUCGCCGCCUACGUGCGCGACGAGACCACCGUCAACGAGAUCCGCCAGUUCCUCGGACCGGCGGGAAAGCACAUCAUGAUCUGCUCCGAGAUCGAAAACCUUCAAGGGAUCGUGAACAUCGACGAAAUCAUCAAGGCGUCGGACGCUAUCAUGGUGGCUAGGUUGGACCUGGCGAACGAAAUCGCCGACGAGAAGGUCUUUCUGGCGCAGAGGUCGAUUAUUAGCAAGUGCAACGUGGUGGGGAAGCCGGUGGUGUGCACGACGCACCUGCUGGAGUCGAUGAUGUAUUCGCGGAUUCCGUCGAGGUCGGAGAGUACCGAUAUUGCCAAUGCGAUUAUGAAUGGGGUUGAUUGCGUUAUGUUGUACCAUGAGACUGCGCUGGGGGACUACCCGGUGGCGACUGUGAAACAGGCGGUGGCCAUGUGCAAGCAGGCGGAACCGGCGAUUUGGCAGAAGAGGAUGGUCAUGGAUUUGUCGAAAAAAAUCCAGGCACCGAUUAUCACGACCCAUGCUUUGGCAGCGGCGGCUGUCGAAAUUUCCUUCAGCUCAUUGGCUUCCGCUAUCGUCAUCACUACUGCGUCCAUGAAAUCUGCCCAUUUGCUGUCAAAGUAUAGGCCCAAGUGUCCCAUCAUUGCUGUGACGAGAAAUGAGAACCAAGCCCGACAGGCACACAUGUUUAGAGGAAUAAUACCUUUGUUGUAUAAAGACCAGCGGGAGAUCGACUGGAAGAAAGAUCUGGAGAAGAGAGUGUAUUUUGGGAUUAAUUUUGGCAGAAAAAGGGGGUUCAUUCGGCCGGGAGAACCCGUGGUAAUAGUGACGAGCUCAGUGCAAGGGUCUGGAUUUGCAGACAAGAUGAGAAUAGUGUACGUGACGAAACACAUAUCCCAUGGAACAGAAUGUAUUUGCUAAAAAUAUUAACACAAUAAAUGAGA